ACCUGUUAAAGGAGGGAGGCAGCUGGGGAGCUUUGCAAGUUUGUUACUGGGGUUGUCGGAGUUUUGCCUUUUCGAUUUCUGCCCCUUUCUAGGAAACAAAACCGAUUCAUUCGCUACUUUGGUUCCUUUUUUUUUCAGGAGUCAGUUCAUUGAACAAGGUCAUGACUUACUCUCUCCCCUUUGUCUGUGAAUGAGCAUUCUUAUUUGGUGACUUUUGUUUGAGUGCCCCAUGAGCCUUCUUGGAAACUAUCGCAAGAAGACAAAUUAUGACGGGUACGAAUCGUUGCAUUUGGUGGACACGGGUCCCGGCGAUUUGGAUAGUUGGCAGCAAGCUGGCGAUGCAGAGCAGACGGUGAACCCGGCCCCUGCCCCAGUCCCAGCCCCAGCCUCAGCCCUCGCUCCCGAGCCGACAGGAGCGAUAGCAGCCAGUGGCCUGAUCCCGCAGACAGCCCGCUACAGCACCAUGGACAGGUCAGGUACCUCUUCUCAAGAUGUGGAACCCACUUUUGGGAGUGGACUGCUCGAUAUGGUAAAAGGAGGAGCUGGAAGACUCUUCAGCAACUUAAAGGACAACCUGAAAGAUACCUCCUCAAAGGUCAUACAAUCUGUAGCCAGUUAUGCCAAGGGAGAACUUAAUAUUUCAUACAUCACAUCAAGGUUAAUAGUGAUAACCUAUCCUGCUGAAGGAGUGGAGUUGAGUUUCAAGAAUCAGAUUGAUGAUGUCCGAUCGUUUUUGGAUUCCCGGCACUUGGAUCAUUAUACAAUCUUUAAUUUAUCUCAGAAAUCUUACAGAAGUGCCAAGUUUCACAACAGAAUAUCUGAGUGCAGCUGGCCAGCUCGACAAGCUCCCAGUUUACACAACCUGUACGCAGUAUGUAAGAAUAUGCAUCACUGGCUACAGCAAAACCCCAAGAAUGUCUGUGCUGUUCACUGUGUGGAUGGGUGCCCUGCCUCUGCCAUUUUAGUGUGUGGAAUGUUCUGUUUCUGCCAUCUGUUCUCUUGCCCAAUUCCAGCCAUCCAGUUGCUGAAUACAAAACGACCAGGGCCUGCACUUUGGCCUUCACAUAGGAGGUAUAUUGGAUAUAUCUGUGAAAUGGUUUCUGAUAAACCCAAGCUCCCACAUUGCAAGCCCAUCGUCAUUAAAACCAUCACAGUGAGCCCAGUCCCUUGCUUUAACAAGCAGAGAACUGGCUGCCGACCUUUUUUUGAGGUUUUUAUUGGUGAAACAAAGAUUUUUACUACUGCACAAGAAUAUGAUAAAAUGAGAGAGCAUCGAAUCCAGGAGGGAAAAGUCUUCGCUUCUUUGGGUGUUAGUGCCCAUGGAGAUGUUGUUGUUGCUGCCUUUCAUAUGCGGUCAACAAUUGGUGGAAGACUUCAAGCAAAGCUAACAAACACACAGAUAUUUCAGAUUCAAGUCCACACUGGAUUUAUUGCUCCUGGAACAACUGUUUUAAAGUUUACAAAACCUGAGUUGGAUGCUUGUGAUUCUCCAGAGAAGUAUCCCCCAAUGUUUCAUGUGAUACUGGAAGUGGAGGUUGAAACCUCUGAUAAAAGAUUUGACCUGACUCCACCCUGGGAGCAGUGGGACACCAAAGAUCUUGAACCCAAAAUCCUUUUUUCAAGCCACCAAGAGCAUCAGGAAACUUUCGCAGCAGGCAAAUCUGUGGCAGAUUUGGAAACUGCAUCAGAUAAUAUUAAGAGCAUGGGACAAAGUACAUUUUUUCCAUCCCUGGGCCACCAAGAAACAAGAGGUGACAAGAACGGUGCUAAUCCACCUUCAGAAGACCGAGCAGCUCUUGUAAAUGAAGAUAGCGAGCCAUCUGACGAUGAACUUCUGUCACUCUCCAGCCAACACAGUACUGCUAGCACAGAGAAACAGCAUAGGAUACAGCAAAGUUGCAAAGCACAGGCACCUUCUCAGUCCUCAGCCCCUGAAAGUGUGGAUCUUCUUGGCUUAAAUGGAGAUGUUGCAGGCCAGACCUUUCCUCCUGUUGCUCAAGCCAGGUCUAUGCCGACCAACUCUGACUUGCUCAAUGAUUUGUUCGGCAGCACCUCCUCUAUUCCAUCAGCUCCAGGUUCAGCCCAUUCUACCCCUCGAAGGUCUGCAGGCUCUCCCUCUCUAUCACCAUCGAGAAUCAAUGAAGGAACAACAUUUGAUCCCUUUGAUUCUCAUGCCAACCAAAACAAUCAAGAUUUACUUGGUGUUUUUCUCAGUCGGAGUGGUGCAACUUCUCCGGUUGGGCAAGCAGAGCCAUUCCUGCACACAGCCAGGGCACCAUCUCCUACACCACAUAGUCCUGCUGGUGAUCCUUUUAACAUGGGUAGAAUCUCCCCUGUCCUGCCAUGUACUCCAGCUGUCUCCGUUCAGCCAGAUCUUAUGGGAGGAUGGAGCUUGGGAUCUUCCAGUUCAUCUGCUGGUUCAGCAGCCUGGGCAAACAGAACAGCCUCCUCAGGAGGGGUCAUGGGUGUGAGCAGGUCAGCCAACACAAGUCCUACAAGCUCUAUACAGAGUACCCCGACACGUCAGUCCAAGCCACAGACACUGGAUCCCUUUGCAGACCUGGGUGCGCUUGGUGCCAAUUUAGCAGGUGGUUCAUCAUUUUCGAGCAAACCCACCACACCUACUGGGACAUCAGGAGGAUCAUUUCACCCAGUGGCGUCUCCACAGAAACAAUCCCCUCAACCCGUAGGAGGAGGUUCUUGGCAACAGAAUGCGGGAUUUGGUCGGCAACAAGGUUCAUCUGCAUGGCAACAGCCACAAACUAAACCGUCAAAGCCCCAGCAGCCAGUACCCCAGUCAUCUCCACAAAAUAGACCUAAUUAUAAUGUGAGCUUUGCUAGUGUCAUUGGUUCUAGAGAAGAACGUGGAUCAAGAGGACCAAAUUUUGGAACUCGGCCAAAGGUUGCAGACAGUAACUUUGAGGACUUGUUGUCAAGCCAAGGGUUUGCAUCCCAGAAGGAUAAGAGAGGUCCAAAGACGAUAUCGGAAAUGAGAAAGGAAGAAAUGGCUAAAGAUAUGGACCCUGAGAAAUUGAAGCUACUGGAUUGGAUUGAAGGGAAAGAAAGAAAUAUACGAGCAUUACUGUCAACUAUGCACACUGUUUUAUGGGAAGGGGAAACAAAAUGGAAGCCUGUUGGCAUGGCAGAUCUCGUAACUCCCGAACAAGUGAAAAAAGUCUAUCGGAAGGCAGUACUUGUUGUUCACCCCGAUAAGGCCACUGGUCAGCCAUAUGAACAAUAUGCCAAGAUGAUAUUCAUGGAAUUGAAUGAUGCCUGGUCAGAAUUUGAAAGUCAAGGCCAAAAGCCUCUGUACUAAUUUCAUGCAAACAAUUUGCCGGUAUUUACUGUUGACUCUAACUGUGUUAAAUGUUUAGUUCCUAUUUUGCUUUAAUGUGGAUGUAUACUGCCUUCCCUUGGUAAAUCUGUAUACAGGCACUCAUUUACUAAUUAAUUGAGUAUAUAUCAUUCAAUCAAGCUAUUCUUGUUUCAGUGACAAGUCCUUUUACAUGGGGUUUUGUUAAAAGUAAAUUAUAACUGAAAAAAAUUCACUACAUGAAUUUUGGGGGGCUUAUAAAAAUAAGAAUUGACCCCUUCUGUGAUUACUUUCCUCUUAAUUUUGUUUGCAAUGCAAUUUGUAACAUUCUGCCCGAAUCUUAAUAUUUACAUUCUUUAUUCUGAAAAAUGUUGCAUGUAAUUUGAAACUUAUCAUGUUGAAGUUCUGCUUUUCAUUUCACACCAUUUGAAAUUAGUGUAUUAGUAUUGUUGUUACUAAUUGCUGGACAAUGUAACAUUACGAAGUCUGUGUAUAUGUAAAGAAAAAUUAAACACCUUGUCUAGGUAAAGCAACAAGCUUUAUGAUACAUCUGGAAUCAUCAUCUCACACAUUCAAUUCCCGAUAGUACUGAUCAGUAUUACUCACUUGCAGUCUCAUUAAGUGUCCUGCCUAAUAGCCGCUUGGGAUUGUUACAUUAUGCUGUAUUGUGAAACACAAUGGUUUGGAACUGUGCUUGUGGCUCUCACAUAUCAAGCUCCAGUUAUUAAUAAUGCUGCUGUGAGCCAUUGCCAAGAUGAGGGUUCCUCAUAGCAGUAAGAGGAAACGACAUAAGGCAAAUAGUUAUGCUUAAAAUUGUACUUCACUUUGUGCUUUGUCAAAGCCAAAAUAACCAAAAGCUUCCUUUGGUUCUUUUGCUGAAGCAAAGUAAGCAAAAAAAAAGGGAGCGAAAAUCACUAUUUUAAAAUGAGAAAAGCUGUGAAUAAAAGCUAAUUGGCAUAUGGAAUGUCAAGGUAAGAGUGGCUGCAAAUAGGCCCUAGACGAUAUCAUGAGCACCAGUUGUAAAUAUAGAAUUCCAUUUUCAAGUAUGUCCUUAUUAUCUAAUUUAAUGGAGAAAUCCUAAUUCUACAGCAUUAUUCAAAAUAUUUUAUUUAAUAUGCCAUUUUGUUUGUAUAUAUCAUGUAAUCUGUUUGAAUUUUCCUUUUCCCCCCAAGAUGCUUUAUUCUACAGUCUGUGAUACAGCAGAACACUAAAAGAUUUGUUGUCUAUGCACUUUUGUGAAUCAUGCAGAUCAUGGUUAUUAGAGUACAGGAGCUUCACAAUUUAGUCUUUAUGCCUGAAUAUACGGUCUACGGAAUGUCCGAUUAACAUUGAUUUAUUACUUGUGUGUUCGUAGGAUGAGAUGGGGCGGGGAUAGAUGGUGAGUGGGGGAAUGUAAAGAAAGCAUAGAUUGAAUGUUAAAUUCAUUAUGAUCUUUGUUACAUCUGAUGUCAUUGUAUGAAAUGUGACUGUUGAGAAAAUGUCUUAAAUUCUAAAUUAUGUUCAUUAUAAAUUGUACAUAAUACUGCCUGUUAUUGACAACAAAUAAAUGUGUGUAUUGCUGAACGCUGACUGUUUGAUUUGCACUGCAAAUACAAUUAAUUCUUGGCUUUUCCUCCAACACUGAAUAUUUUUGAAGAAACUCUGAAGUUACAGAAAGGAUUAUAUGUGAAGAUCCAAAUAGUCCAGUGGAUUAGGGAGUUUCUUCGAAGAAAGUCAGAUUCCUUCGAAUGUGUUAAUCAAAGUUACUCUAACUAACGUAACAGUAAAGCAACAUUAAAACCAUUCACAAAAGUAUAGAUUGUCAAGUAAUCACGUACAAUUUUUAAAUCAAGCAAUCAUCAGUGACAUGAUCAGAGCAAAUGGCUCCAAUGAUCUUGUCUAAUUGGAUAUCUUUGUGCUUGCUGUUGUGCUCCAUUUUGUAUGGCUCUUGAUAGUAGUGUGGAAAUUAAUGAAAGUCCAAAAUGGCCGGUCAUCCAAGAUAACUUGGUAUCAAUGAUGAAUGGACAAUUGUUUGUGUGGAUUAUUCAUUUUGCCUGGAUUUAAGCCAAGUUCUGUUAUGUUAACCCGUUUCUGUAAAUAUUUGCAAACCUUUUCUCAAAGUCUUGUGCGU